CACGCACACACAUGCACACCGACUUUUGAAGCCGAAGUGGCGGGCAGAAGCACAUCCACACGCAGUGCCCGCUCCGGAUGGAUCCGAGCAGGGCUGAUGGAUAUGACGCUGGGCUGGAGCUGAACACACGGAGGGAGUGAGGAGGAGGAAGAAGAAGACGAACAAGACCCAAAUCCCACCAAGCGUCCCUGGUGCGUGUGUUUGUGCGUGUGCGUGUUUUCUUGGCUGCUGACGUGUGCGCACGACUCUGGUGGCAGGAUGAGUUCGUGCAGUAGCCGCGCGUUGACCAUCCUGUCCACAGUGUUCGGGGCCUGCGGGUUGCUGCUGGUGGGGGUGGCCGUGUCCACCGACUACUGGCUCAUCAUGGUGGAGGGCGUUAUCCUGCAGCACAACCAGAGCAUGGAGGUCAAGAUGGCUCUGCAUUCGGGCCUCUGGAGGGUCUGCUUCGUCGCCGGGGCUGAAAACGGGAGAUGUGUUGCAUCGGAGUACUUCACCGAACCCGACAUAGAGAUCACCACUGAAAACACUGCGAACAUCCUCAAGAUGGUGCGGACAGCGACACCGUUCCCGAUGGUAUCGCUCCUCUUCGUCUUCACCGCCUUCGUCAUCAGCAACAUCGGACACAUCCAGCCUCAACGCACCAUCCUCGCCUUUGUCUCCGGAAUCUUCUUCAUCCUCUCAGGCCUGAGCUUGGUUGUGGGCCUGGUGCUCUACAUCUCCAGCAUCAACGACGAGGUGAUGAACAGGCCCCGAGAACCCGAACAGUUCUUCAACUACCACUACGGAUGGUCUUUCGCCUUCGCAGCCUCCUCUUUCCUGCUCAAAGAGGGCGCAGGGGUGCUGUCGGUGUAUCUGUUCAUGAAGCGCUACGCAGAGGAGGAGAUGUACCGUCCCCACCCGGCUCUCUACCGCCCCCGCUUGUCCGACAGCAGCGACUACAGCGGCCAGUUCCUCCACCCGGAAUCCUCCUGGCCUCCGCCCAAGCGAGGGCGCAGCAUGUCCGAAGCUUCCAGCGACAUCUCCAUCCAGCUCAACCAGCCGCCGCCUCCCCCGCCCAAAAGCGGCGCCCAGAAGGGGGGCCAUGUUAACCCACCGUCCGGGUGCUCUUCCGGAGGGAGCUACCCCAAUCCCCUGUCCUCUUCUGCUGGGUACCCCACACACAGCCUGCCCAGGUCACACUCGCCGCAUCCCCAAGGCCAGCCGAUGUCUAUGGCUGUGCCACCUCCGCCUGUGCCGCCCCCUCACUACCACACGCACAUGCACAUGAGCGCCUCCCCCUGUUAGGAAAAGACUUUGCCUCCUUUUCGACAUGUACAUUUAGAGGGCAAACGUCCAACCUGGAUUAAAAGAAGUCCGGCAUACAGUGCAUGUCAGGAUAUAAGGUGAAUCAAGUUGUGCAUUCGAAUUAUCACAAGGAGAAAGGCAAAGUCGAGCACGUUAUUAGUGGGGAAAAGCAUUUCCUGGAAGCGGCGAUGACAAGCAAGCGAUCACGUGACUGAGGACGCAGAAACUUUUAUACGUAGCGAUUUCACAACAAAAAAGUGGACGACGUGUGUACCUUUCUACAAAAUUGGAAUGUGAUUUAAUAUACUCAAAAUUUCGUACAUUAUCAGUCACACUUUCAAAGCGGUGUGUUAUAUACUAGGAUUAUUUUGACAGUUAGUCAACAAUAUGGUACAGUAGUUGGUGAAUAUUGUAUGUGAAUGUUGUCACCGUUUUUAAAAGAAAUGCAAGUGGACAACGGUCCUAAAUAUCAUGAACAUUAUGUUUUGUAUAUUUGUCUAAGUUAUUGUACGUAAAGGUUGCACACUGGAAUACAUGUACUAUAGAUAAUAUUGAGCUUUUACACAGGAAAAAGACCACGGGGUGCUGAAGAUUUUGCCUAGAGACUUUGCAAUAGGCUGGUGGUGACAUCAUCAACAUUCUUUCAGUGCAGUACAACAUCAUAGACUAAAUCCCCUCUCUCCCCCAGACAGAUUUAUAUCCCAGUCCUGGUUUUGUGCACUGCUACACUUAUGUGAAGGUCCACGCGAUAAAUGCUGAAACUGACCCUCUACUGGCACUGGCCCUGGACCUGUUUCGUAGACCUACAGGUACUUCCUUUUUGCGUGCUCACUGCAGCAAACCACAAAAAUAUUUAAAGACUUAUUUCAUGAAUUAGAUCAAUUGAAAUAACUUUUCAAUGUGUAACAUAUUAUCAUUCAAACUAAAGCAUACUUGCAAAAUGGGGAUUGGACAACAUUGUCAGCAAAACGUAGUAGAAAAUUGUACAAAUAUGUUUUCUUCUGCGUAUAUUCUAACAACAAACCCCAACAUGGCAUUUUCAAUGUUGGUCAUGUUGGUCAUUUCUAUUUUUAUAAUUCUGGGUGUCCUUGGUUUACGAGGUUACGAACAGCGUUCAAUGAACGACUGUGGUUUGUUGGGGUGCAAAUUCCACAUCCAGGUUGUUUGCUAGCAAAUCACUAGUAUUAUAUAGUAAGAAAAUACUGGUUGAAAAAAAGCGGAGAAAUCUAUUAAGCAUUGCAAAACAAAAACAACCCAAACAGUUUUCCUUUCAGUUUUCACUAACUCAACAUUUUUUUCUCUGAUUAACCUCAUUUAGGAACCUGGUAAAUGAAAUGUUUUUAACAACAACAACAACAAAAAACACCUAACUCCCCCCCCCACACACACACACACAAAUAUUUACAGUAAUUAAUACUUUACUACUGCGUUUGUGUAGGGUAGCGAUCUGACUGAUGUACAAAUUUGGGCUAUGUAACCGUCGUAUAAAUGGAACACUCGUAAACCGAGGACCCGCUGUACAACAAUAUAAUAUUUGUUAUUAUUUUUGUUUUCAACAAAAAAAAGGAAAAAAUUACUACUUGCGUAGCAUUUAUUGUCUUACCCCAUCUAACAGAGAAGGUAGCACCACUCCGUGGUCUUCAAGAGUCAUCUGCACAAAUGGAAGCACAGGGUAGACAUGUUGUUAUUAUAAUUAUGUGACCUAUGAAGUAUGUAAAGAUGUAGCAAAAAAAGAAAAGGCCUUUAGUGAAGAAAAGCGCACCGAGUUGUUUUGUUUUUAUAAACACACAAAAACUACAGUGUAGUUUCAAUAUUUGGAGGUCAAAUGUUAUGUUAUUUAAUGUGAAAUUUAAAACCUAAUGGCUAUUUUAUUCAAAUUAACAUCGAAACAUUUUUUUUUUUUGCAUUUACACUGCAGGCACACCAUUUCACCAUGACACUUUUUAGUAAGGUAUCCAUCCAUCCAUUUUCCAUACCGCUUCUCCUCACGAGGGUCGCGGGCGUGCUGGAGCCUAUCCCAGCUAUCUUCGGGCGAGAGGCGGGGUACACCCUGAACUGGUCGCCAGGCAAUCGCAGGGCACAUACAGUAUAAACAAACAACCAUUCACAAUCACAUUCACACCUAUGGGCAAAACAGAGUCUUCAAUUUAGAGUCUUCAAUCAAACUACCAUGCAUGUUUUUGGGAUGUGGGAGGGAUUUGAACCCCAGUCCUCAGAACUGUGAGGCAGAUGUGCUAACCAGUGGGUCACCGUGCAGCUUAGUAAGAUAUUUUAAAUAAAAAUGUCAAACUGCCAUUCUUUCAAAAAUCAACAUUUUUAAAAGACCCGUGUAACGUUUGAAUAUAAUUCCAGAAAAUGUGCAAAGACUGGGAACUACAUGAUGUAGUUCUCAAAAUGUGGAGAUAUAGCUUUAAACCGGUUUUCACCAUUUCAGUUCCCCUGAAUUUUUGGCCGAGCUAAAAUUGCGCCGCACAGGCACUUUGGAUACCGGUAUACGUAGAAUGCACGCACGUCACACAGAGAAAGGCAAAAGAGGGAGCAGGGGGGAAAAUGUAUUUUCAAAAGUCAGACUUGGCAGCCAGCACGCGGACCAACGUUUCAGGUGGGCAUGGCCACUUUAGAGCACCUCGUUGUGGCAGCGUGGAAAAGCCCCACGACGACAUGGUGGGAUAUAUUCCAGCUACCGGAGGCUUCAAGCGGAUAUAUUUUCGCGACUCAAAUGUAGUUAAAUGUUGGCCUAAGAAAGAGGCUAGAUGAAUUAACAUUCAUUUUUCCAGGUUACAGAAGUGGUAUUUGAUUGACAGUAGGGGGGUGGGGCGUGGUUUGAGCACAUUCAGUGGACACGCCCACAGCGUUUGAGAGCGGAGAGAAAACCUUGACUUUUCACUAUUUUGCAGCCUCUUUUUAUAUACUUGCAAAUAUGGAAAUAGUUUGCAAGUCAGGAUUCCCCCACGUAAUAAUUCAUGCGAAAUCUGCGUCUUGCAUUUUCAGAUUUAAAUAUCUUGCUGUUUGUUUCUAAAUCGUUCAGACACAUCAUACACAUCAGAUAUAAGAUACAUAAGUACGUCUCCGAAAUGAGUUAGUUUUUUUAUUAUCACUGUGACAUGAUUGAAAGACACAACAGAAGACAUUUGUUGAUGUGGAAAGAAUAAGGACACUGAUUCGCAGAGAUAUCAUCAAUUAAACCUUUAGCUCAGCGCAUUCAGCAAAUCUCCAUGCAUGCAGUUACACACAUGUAGGAGCCAUUUUGGCUUUACUAGACAACAUUCUACUCUAGUCUCCAGCAUUAUCAUUUUGCAUGAGGAUUUAUUCUGACAUCUUACCUCCUGUACAAAUCCAUUUUAAUUUUUACUGUCUCAAACCAUUUGAUAACCGUUCAGUGCCUCUUGAAAUCCUUUUUUCCUUCCCCUGCAGACAACAUCGUAUAAAAUACUGUAGCUGUGCUUGCUUCUGCAUUGUCUUUUUGACCUAAAAAAAAAUGCUAUUAUGGCCUAAGUGAUGCUCUACUAUGCCGAUGUUACAUGACUGAAAAGGUGAGUGAGUGGUGACACUUUCUGCGGCUAAACAUCAAUAAAUCUUUUUUGUGGGC